CACAGCUGUGCUGCCUGCCUAUGCUUCUUUCAUGUAGUCAAGAGACAUCUUCAGUGCCCCAGAUAGCACAGUGCAUUACUACUUAGUGUAAGGAAGCAAAAUGGCCAAGCUCAUUCAAGCUCCUCCAAAAUUCUUGCCACAGGAAUGGCGCCUUGCUAAUCAAACCAGAUAUGAUUCUUCAGAAGUUCAGAGGAUAAAUUCAGAAAGGGUCACAGCAGAAAGUCAGCGAUUAGUGGAUGAAAUUGAAAAAAGAACACAAAAGACUCAAAAAGAUGUCAACAAAAAACUUGAACAGAGGAUUGCAGAUGUCAAAUACUGGGAUGAUGAACUUAAUCGCAAAUUAGAAGAACUUAGCAAUGAGACGGAUGUGCUUCUAACUUAUAAAGUGAGACUAGAAAAGGCCAUUGAAAGCUGUAAUGAGCCUUUGCGCAUUGCCCAGCAGUGCCUCAGCAACAGAGAAAAGAGAGUUGGAAUUGAUUUAGUCCAUGAUGAGGUGGAAAGAGAGCUGAUAAAAGAAGUUGAAGUUAUCCAUGGUGUCUCUGCUUUGCUUCAGCGUACACUUGAACAAACCAAUGAACAAAUUAGAUUGAACCGAUCAGCAAAAUAUUAUCUUGAGAAGGACCUGAAGGACAAGUUUACUGCCCUGAAGUUGGAUGAUUAUUGCAGCACUUUGUCAAACAACACUCCAGACAUCAAAUACACACCCAACUCUGUCAAGAUUGAGGGAAAUUCUGUGACCCCCGAAGACUGGGAAGAAUUCUCUAACACAAACAUUUUAAAAGCAGACAAACAGAAAAACAACAGCCUGACAUUAAGAACAUUAAUUGACAGCAUCCUCUCACAGACUGCUGAAGACUUGCGCAAACAGUGUGAGACAGUGAACACUGCAAUGAAGAACAGAUUGAAGGAGACUAAGGCUGCAAAGAAUAAACUAGAAGAGCAUCUUGCCAAGGUAAUGGAAGAAGUUAGUUCCCAGGAAAAAAAUAUUGAUUAUCUAAAGAAAGCAAUUAAUGAUAAAGAGGCACCGAUGAAAGUGGCUGAGACACGACUGGAGACUCGAACACAAAGGCCCAAUGUUGAACUGUGCCGAGAUCCGGCACAGUACAGAUUGAUAAGAGAAGUUCAUGAGAUCACUACAAAUGUAGAGAGGUUGCAAGAAAUGCUGGCAAAGGCAGAAGCUGAAUUACGAGGACUGGUGAGGAGUCAGCUCUCAUUGGAGGAAGAGAUUGAAGUGAAAGCAAAUACAGUCUAUAUCGACGAAGUGCUCUGCAUGCAAAUGAGGGAAGCCAUCUCAAUUAAUAACUUCUAAUGAAGGUACCCUUCACUGCAUUCCAUUUAUUGCAAUACAUCUCUCCAAAGGCUCAGCCAGACAUUUAACAAAAAUGUCUUCCAGGUUUUAGCUGCUUGUAUAAACUUUGACUGUAUCAAAACUAAUGAUAUAAAUUCUGGUAAUUCUUAGAAAUGUAAUUUGAAAUAUUGAAAAACAUAUUUUAAUUGCUAUAUUUCAAAUGUCUACUUGGGUGAAAGAAUAAAAUACAGUGAUACAGAAA